GUCAAACUUUCUUCUCUUUACUCUUCUUCACUUCCUCUGUAAACCCUAAAGAUCGCUUGAUCCUCUCAUGGAUUCAUUCUCUUUUUCUACAUCAACGAUCAUCAUUCUCUUCACACUUCUCUUCUCAUUCCACCAUUCUAACUCUCAAUCAGUCCAAUCUACACGUCUUUUAGAUCUCAUGAUCAGAGACUACACCAUUAGAAACUAUAAGCUUAAUCUCAACACAGGCACCAUACAAAAAAUCCAUCUCCCUUCUAAUUUCUCCGGUAUAGAUAUCGACACGGUUAAGUUAAGGUGCGGUAGUUUGAGACGUUACGGUUCAAGAAUCGGCGAGUUUCACAUCGGCUCUGGCGUGACGGUGGAGCCAUGCCCUGAGAGAGUCAUGCUGGUUAGACAAAACCUCGGUUCGAAUUGGUCUUCAAUCUACUCUACCGGUUAUAACUUAACCGGUUACAAUUACCAGCUUGCAUCACCGGUUCUUGGUCUCUUAGCUUACAACGCUAACCCUGAUGGUGUGGCCACGAACCCUUACGAGGUUAACGUUGUUGGUACCGAUCAAAACCCGAUCUUGAUCGAUUUCUUGAACAUCACGGCAAGUGAUAACCCUAAGACGACGAAGGAGAACUCAUCAGUAUUGUGUGCGUGUUUCACAAGCAACGGGAACACAACGUUUAGUGAUCAAGUUUCACCUUAUGUUUGUAAAGGAACAAGACAAGGGCAUUACGCUCUAGUGGUGAAGACAGAAGCUAGAGGAAGAGAUGAUGAUAGUAGUGGUGGUGGGAAUGGGAUGGUGACGCCAUCGACGGAGGUGAACGGUGGAGGAAAGUUGAGCCGGUGGAAAGUGGCGGUGGGGAGUGUGAUUGGGUCAGGGAUUGGAGCGAUACUGUUAGGGUUGUUGGUGGUGGCGAUGUUGGUGAAAGGGAAGAAGAAAGCAGAGAGAGAAGAAAUGGAGAGAAGAGCUUAUGAAGAAGAAGCUCUUCAGGUUUCAAUGGUGGGUCAUGUGAGGGCUCCUACUGCUUCUGGAACUAGAACUCUUCCUGUUAUGCCUCAUGAUAGGUAUAAAAACACUCAUUUGAAUCAUCAUCGAUAAAAUUAUAAUAUGUUUUCUGAAUUUCCUCAAAAUUUUAUGUUAACGUAAUUUUUUUACAUAAUUACUUUGAGAGGAAUCCAAAGUGAAAUUCCAUUUUGUUAAUUAACCGCAUUAACCGCUAGAAGCAUUUGUUUCUUUUUUCUUUUUUCUUUUUUUUGUUUCCC